GGAACGGCUCCGCGCAUGCGCCGCGCCGCCCGCCGCGUUCGCGCCAGGGCGGGGCGGGGGCGGGGCCAGGCCGUGAGGGGCGGGGCCGGUGGGCGGGGCCGGCAGCGAUCGCCGCUCGCUGGGCGUGUCCGAGGCGUGUCCGAGGCGUGUCCGGAGCGUGUCCGAGGCGUGUCCGAGGCGUGUCCGAGGCGUGUCCGCAGCGUGUCCGCAGCGUGUCCGGGGCGAUCCGCGCCGUGCCCGGGGCCGGUGCGUCCCGGCGGCGGUGCCGCCAUGCAGCGGGAGGUGGGCACGCUGCCGCUGGCCCCCGCCCUGCGCGCACGCCUCGCCGCCGCCGGCUUCCAGACGGCGCAGGAGCUGCUGGACACCGGCCCCUGCGGCCUGAGCAAAGAAAUCGGAAUCUCCAGGGAAGAGGCGCUGGAAGCGCUGCAGGUGGUGAGGCAGGAGUGCCAGGGGGAUGCAGCAAGGACGGCUGGGGGAUCAGGCGCCACCAGGAAAUGCACAGCCCUGGAGCUGCUGGAAGAGGAGCAAACCCAGGGAUUCAUCAUCACCUUCUGUUCUGCACUGGACAACAUCCUGGGAGGUGGAGUGCAGCUGACAAAAAUCACCGAGAUCUGCGGAGCGCCCGGUGUCGGCAAAACGCAGCUGUGCAUGCAGCUGGCAGUGGAUGUCCAGAUCCCGGAGUGCUUCGGGGGUGUUGCUGGAGAAGCCGUGUUCAUUGACACUGAGGGAAGUUUUAUGGUGGACAGAGUGGUGGAGAUCGCAGCUGCCUGUGUGCAGCACUGCCACCUCAUUGCCGAGGCUCAGCAAGAGGAGGAUCAUGGGAAAGCUUUGGAGACUUUCUCUCUGGAAAAUAUCCUCUCUCACAUCUAUUACUUCCGUUGUCGUGACUACACAGAGCUGCUGGCCCAGGUCUACCUCCUGCCAGAAUUCCUGGCAGAGCAUUCCAAGGUGCGGCUGGUGGUGAUUGAUGGGAUUGCCUUUCCCUUUCGGCACGACUUCGAGGACCUGUCCCUGCGCACGCGGCUGCUGAACGGGCUGGCCCAGCAGCUCAUCAUCCUAGCCAACGACCACAAGGCAGCUGUAGUUCUGACAAACCAAAUGACAACAAGGAUUGGACAAAGCCAGGCCACAUUGGUACCUGCUUUAGGAGAAAGCUGGGGACACGCUGCCACCGUCCGUUUAAUCUUCCACUGGGACAACAGUCAGAGGCUGGCCACGUUGUACAAAUCACCGAGCCAGAAGGAGUCCACCAUAGCCUAUCACAUCACAUCCCAUGGCUUCCGAGACGUGCAGCCUCCAGCUGUCACUCACAGCACAGAGGGGACUCAGCUGAACCCUCGGAAACGGCCACGGACAGAGGAGGAGAAGCAGCAGUGAUGCCAAAGUGGAAUGUUAAAAACCUGCAGGAGAGCAGGGGCAGCGUGAACGUGCAGCCAAAGGCAGCCUGGGAGACUCUCAACUUCAGCUCCUGCUUGGGACUUUAUUUUAGCAUUAAGACUGCAAUGUGCAAAUUUCUGUGGCACAAAAUUCCUUUGUGUGUGGAAUAACUGUACUUUUAUAAUAAAAAAAUCUAUAUUUUCUCUAACAAG